AUGCAACCAAGUUCUUUCCCUGUUUGGUUGGAUAUCGAACCUCAGUUUCCACAUUCGGCGUCACAAGUAGAACCAUCUAUCAUUGAUUGCCCUGUAGGAACAAUUCCAGUUCUACGCAACAGUAGAAGUGGCACCAUAGAAGCACCCAAUAUUUAUGGAGUGAGUAGCACGGGUGUAGAACGAGAGGCCGCAGGAAUCGAGUACCGUGAUGAUGUAUAUGGUGCCACUGUUACAAUAAAUGUUUGGGAGCCAAAGGUGAAUAAAGAUAGCAAGGAUUUUAGUGCAACAUGGGUACAGAUUAAUAAUGGAGCAGGAGAACACACGGACAGGAUAGGUGCUGGUCUAAUAGUAAAUCCAAGCUUGAGUGGUGAUACCUUUGUUAGGUUUCAUAUUGCUUGGACUAAUGGCCUGGAAAAAAAGGCGUGCAUAGAUCAGAGUUGUCUUGGUUUCGUGCAAGUUAACCGCAAGUGGAGCCCUGGAGCAAGAAUGCCACAUGUUUCUAUCUACGAUGGACCACAGUGGGAAACAAAAGUAAAUAUAUUCAAGGACCUGAAGACAAAGAAUUGGUGGGUGACUUAUGGUAAGAACAUGCCAAUUGGAUAUUGGCCAAGCAGUUUGUUCACGUUCCUUCAUGACAAAGGCAAUUUUGCAUUCUGGGGAGGAAUUGUUCAGGGCCCAACUGCCACGUCAAAAGCUCCGCAGAUGGGCAGCGGACAUUUUGCUUCCGAAGGAUUUAGAAAGGCAGCUGCCAUAAGGAACAUCCAAAUCGUAAACGAGAACUACACGUACGUUACGCCAGAAGAUGAUUUGAGACUUGCCCAUGGCACGAGCAAUCCCACGUUGUACACUGUCGACAAGUUUCGAGAUGAUACACCCGGUAUGCGUAUCUACUACGGUGGACCAGGUUGA